AUUAUCAUAACAUACGGAGGAAGAGAAAAUAAGCUGCACUAAGAGAAGGGAAGGACAUGUACUUUAAAAGGCUUACCAUUCACAUGACGGGGAGAAGGCCAGGCCACGUAGCCUAGCGCUCUACAGCACUCUGUCACUCCGUGUACCGUAUUUAUCUACCUGUCUGUCUGCCUGUGAGUGGCAAUGCUGUGCUGGGGCGGUUCAGCUCGGGGUCAGCUGGGCCUCGGCGUGUCAGAGGCUGCUGUGUUCGAGCCACGAAGCUGCAGCGUGUUUGAUGGAAGGGGACUGAAAGAGGUGGCCUGCGGCGCCCAACACUCGAUCUUCCUGAUGCAUGAUGGGAGUGUGUACACUUGUGGGUCCAAUAGUCAUGGUCAGCUGGGUCAUGAGAAGUCUGGAGCCAAGCCAGAGCUGGUGGGGGCGCUGGAUGCCCAGAAGAUUGCAAGUGUGGCGUGUGGGCAGGCCCACUCUUUGGCACUGAGUGAAAAGGGGCAGGUGUUUGCAUGGGGGGGCGGCGAGGGCGGGCAACUCGGCCUCGGCACAGUGGAGGAAGCCGUCCGAGUGCCCAGGUUAAUAAAAAAACUGUGCGAGCAUCGUAUUUCACAAGUCAUGUGCGGCAACCAGCACUGCAUAGCGCUCUCUAAAGAUGGUCAGCUCUUCACAUGGGGUCAGAACUCAAGUGGUCAGCUUGGAUUGGGAAAGGGGGAGCCGAACUCUCUGUCUCCUCAGCCCCUAAAGUCUCUUAGUGGGAUCCCAUUGGCUCAGAUCAGCGCUGGAGGAGACCACAGUUUUGCCCUGUCUCUGUCCGGGGCCGUUUUUGCCUGGGGCAGGAACAGUGCAGGACAGCUGGGGCUCAACGAUGAAGAAGAUCGGGCUGUUCCCUGCCACAUCAAAUUCCUGCGCUCCCAGAAGGUGGUCUACAUCAGCUGUGGGGAGGAGCACACAGCCGCCCUGACCAAGGACGGAGGCUUGUUUACAUUUGGAAAUGGGUCAAGAGGACAACUGGGCCAUGACUCCAUCAAUAAUGAGCCUCUGCCACGCAGGGUUCUGGAGCUUAUGGGCACAGAGGUAUCCCAAAUUGCAUGUGGCAGGAACCACACCUUGGCUUUUGUACCCUCCACCGGUCUGCUGUAUGCCUUUGGGUGUAAUGCUCAGGGUCAGCUUGGCUUAGGGACAAGAGGAAAUGUCAAGAUCCCCAUGCCAGUUCGAAACAUCUUCCCUCGUUAUCUCGAUACAAAACAGCCUGGCGUCAGCAGGAUUCACUGCGGAGGUGACCAAAGCUUCCUGGUGCUGUCACAUGACAAGUGCUGCCCAGAAGAUUUCCGCAUUAUCAACACAUCCAGAAGUAUCUCUCUGAUUAAUAAGGAAAGUCUAAACAGUUGGAGAAUGAAGCUCGUGGACAACGCUGACUCCAGCAUAACGAAUGACAUAAUUCUGCUCUUGUCAUCAACUGCAUGCUGGAAUGCCAGCUUUCUGGACCAGAGUGAUGAUGGCCAUUUUAAAACCAACCCCAAAGUGCCUGGCAUCGACCUGAACUCCGUCAGGCUUUUGUUUGAGAUACUGAUGAAACCGGCUUACUCACGGCUGCUGGAGCAGACCACAAAGAGCUUUGAGAGUCUUCUGAUUCCUCAGCUUCCCUGUUCUCCUCCGGAUGUAGAGGCCAUGCGCAUCUACCUGAUCCUCUCCGAAUGUCCAGCUCUGCAUGACUCCAAAAACUACAUCUCCCUCACCAUCCCCCUGGCUAUGGCCAUUCUCAGACUGGACGCCAACCCCAGCAAAGUGCUGGAUAACUGGUGGUCACUGCUUGACUGUGAGGUCUUCUCCAGACUGGUGGAGAUGUACAAGAGUAUUGUGGUGUUUCUGCUCACUGGUGGCAAGGCGCUUCUCAUCCCUGUGUUUCUGGAGAGCUACAUCAAUGCUACACUCAAACUGCUGGAGAAACUGCACAAGGUGAACCAAAAAGCCCAUCAUGUGGAGUAUAGCAGCUUCUACAUUCCUGACAUCACCAGCCUGGUGGACAUCCAGGAAGACUACCUCAAAUGGUUCUUGAGCAAAGCUGAGAUCAAACUGAGAUCUCAUCCAGUGCAGGGCUCUUUCAUGUUAUGUGCCUAUCCAUUCAUAUUAAACGCUCAAGCCAAGACAACCAUGCUGCAGACUGAUGCUGAGCUGCAGAUGCAGCAAGAAGGUCCUGGGUUGGAUUCCCAGGUGGAGCGGUCCGGGGCCUUUCUGUGGAGCUCCGGUUUUCUUCUACAGUACAAAGACAUGCAAAUGGCAGUGAGUGGUGCCAACCUGCACAACGUCUUCAUGCUGUUGACACUAGAACCCUUGUUGGCACAAAACCCUUUCCUUGUACUCCAUGUGCGUCGGGAUCACUUGGUCAGCGAUGCACUGCGUGAGCUGACCGUCUACAAUGACGUGGACCUGAAAAAGCCCUUAAAGGUCAUCUUUGACGGAGAGGAGGCGGUGGAUGCAGGAGGAGUCACUAAGGAGUUCUUCUUGUUGCUGCUUAAGGAGCUGAUGGAUCCAGUCUAUGGCAUGUUUACCCAUUACCCAGAGUCCAACCUGCUCUGGUUCUCUGAUAAAUGUUUCGUGGAACACAACUGGUUCCAUUUGAUCGGGAUCAUCUGUGGUCUGGCCAUCUACAACUCCACCGUGGUGGAUCUGCACUUCCCUCUUGUUCUUUAUAAGAAGCUUCUAGAUGUGACUCCUGUUCUGGAUGACCUGAAGGAGCUGUCGCCAACCGAGGGCAGGAGUCUCCAGCAGCUGUUGGAUUAUAAGGGAGACAAUAUUGAGGACACCUUCUGUCUCAACUUUGCUAUUAGCCGAGAGUAUUACGGGGUAACUGAGGUGAAAGAGCUGAUCCCUGGUGGAGAGAACAUUACCGUGGAUAAAUCCAACAGAGAGGAGUUUGUACAGUCGUACCUGCGCUACGUGUUCACCGACUCAGUAAAGGAGCUGUACUCAGCAUUCGCCAGCGGGUUCUUAAAGGUGUGUGGUGGGCGGAUCCUCUCCCUGUUUCAGCCCUCUGAGCUCAUGGCCAUGGUGGUAGGAAACAGCAGCUACAACUGGGAGGAGCUGGAGAAGAAUGCGAGCUACAAAGGCGAGUUCUCGGCCUCGCACCCCACAGUGCAAAUGUUUUGGGAGGUGUUCCAUGAGUUUCCUUUGGAGAAGAAAAAGCAGUUCUUGUUGUUCCUGACGGGCAGCGACCGGAUUCCCAUCCACGGCAUGUCCAGCCUGCGCAUCGUCAUCCAGUCCACGUCGGCCGAGGAGAACUUCCUUCCUGUAGCUCACACCUGCUACAACCUGCUGGACCUGCCGUGCUACAGGAGCAAAGAGACGCUGCGCUCCAGGCUCACCCGCGCCAUCGAGCAGUACGAGGGAUUCAGUCUGGUCUGAGGAGGGCGCUACGCUCUCACACUCUCGCACUUUCACAUUAAACUAACAGGAAAGAA